ACGAGCAAGUGUUUACCGUUAGCUGCCUCAUGCUCUGUAUCCCUGUGGUGGUUGCAUAUUAGAAGGUUGAGGAAAGAUCUACCAUAUGACACCAUGGUCAAACAACCGAUACGACAGCCAUGAUGCAUCAUACUGAACCUUCACACGGCAGCUGGGAAUCCUUCGUUACUUAGAUGCAAAACUUUUCUGGUAUCUAGUGCCAGCCGGGAGACAGGUAAGGGCUUCCUUGAGAGACGCGGCGCGUGCCCGCGCUCGUGAACCUGUGCCGCCAUGCAGGACCCAAACGCGGCCAAGGUGUUCUGCCCGCGCCUCAUUGACUACGUCGUGGUCGUCGGAUCGCACGCCCCCACGCAGAGCCCCGUCGCCCAGACGCCCGACCUGCUGCGGCGCUACCCGCUCGACAACCACGCUGACUUCGCGCUGCCGCCCGACGUCGUCUACUUCUGCCAGCCGGAGGGCUGCAUCAGCAUCCCGCGCAAGCGCAUGACGUCGCUGCGCGAGAGCAACUCCUUCGUCUUCACGCUCACGGAGAAGGACUCGGGCCUGAUGCGCUACGGCAUCUGCGUCAACUUCUACCGGCCGUUUGAGCGGCGUGGGGCGCCGGCGGGUCCGUCGCCUCACGUCAAGCGAAAGAUGCGGCAGAAGAACAACACGCUGACGUCGCUGUGCAUCAUCAGCCAUCACCCGUUCUUCUCGACGCUGCGCGAGUGUCUCUUCAUACUACGUCGCAUCAUUGACACGUGCAACCGCAGCUGUGCCAAGAAGGCGGCCGCGCUCGGCAAACCUGUCAGAGACCCAGUGUGGAGCGUGCUUGCUGGACAGAUGCCCGAGGCGACGCCACACUACGUGAAGACCUUCAUUCGCGACAUUGAGACGUGGAUGCUGCGACUACUGAGCACACCCGUCCCCGUGCCAGGCAAGACCAGAGUCGACGUCGACGUGCUUCCGAACGACAUUCAGGCGCCGCUGACGUUUGCGCUGCCGGACCGGACGCGGCUUUCCCUCAUCGACUUCCCCCUGCACCUGCCGCUCGAGCUGCUGGGAGUCGACACCUGCCUCAAGGUCCUCACCUGCAUCAUACUGGAGCACAAGAUCGUGCUGCAGAGCCGGGACUACAACGCCCUCAGCAUGAGCGUGCUCGCCUUCGUCUCCAUGAUCUACCCGCUCGAGUACAUGUUUCCUGUGAUCCCCCUGCUGCCAACGUGCAUGCACGGCGCCGAACAGUUGCUGCUUGCACCCACGCCAUACGUGAUCGGUGUUCCUGCUAGCUUCUUCCUCUACAAGAAGAACUUCCGCAUGCCUGACGACGUGUGGGUGGUUGACCUUGACUCUAACAAGAUCACUGUGCCGCUGAGUGCGGAGGAGCUGCCGGAGCUGCCGGACCCAGAGGGCAGCAUGCUCAAGAAUCACCUCAAGCAG